AUGGCAGCUCGUGCAAGUAGUAGUAGUUCGGACGAUGUUUUGUCAGAAGAGAGUGAUUCGAAUGCCCUAAACUUAUAUGACAGCGAUGGGAAUAAUUCAGAACCUUUCGUCGAGUCUGGGCCACGUCCCUAUCAAUAUGAGCCGCGUAGGAUUCCCCGAAACGAUCCGCACGAAGACAGCAUAGAACCGGUUGACAGCGAUGACAAUCGUCUCGGAAAUACAGACUGGUAUUUAAUUCACUGUGUGAUUUAUUUGUAUUUGGUGCGAGUGAGUGUUUGUUGUACGGAAAUUGGGCAAGUGUGGCAAAAAGUGGAGGAACAAAGGCCUGAAACCCAGCUGAGUUGCAUCACAGAACAUCCAGGUUUUCAGUCAACCUGCCUCGAUGUCUGGGUGCUGGAGACCGCCUAUUACACGUACAGACAGCAGUACGGCACAGUUAAUCACACCGAAAACGAGAAAUUUCGCUACAUUGCCUACAGACAACUCGUUCGCUGGUGCUGGGGUUAUCUUGGCAAACAUGUGAGGGUCGCUCUGCCAUCUUGUGCUGUAAACAAAAUCCGAAGCACUUUUCCAGCGGAGUUUGGAACAUCUUACACUGGAUUAAAACCGCCACACCUCUGAGAGAAACAAAGGUACAUAUUAAUGCAGAUCAUAAUUAUUCAUGUCUUACAGCACUAGCGGU